UAUCUUCAGCUCCGAAUAACGCUCACGAAACAAAAACCAAACCAAAAAAUCUGCUUUCCUGCACAUCUUGCGAUGACUUCUUCGGUAUUCGCGGCGGCCUCCCCGGUCUUCACCGGCGGCAUCUCCUCCGCCGUCGAUGGAGUGAGAAUUGGGGGCAUACGGGCGGCUUCCGUGUAUCUGGGCUUGUCGGCGAAGUUCUCAUCUGGUUGUGGGAGAUCUCAGGUUCUCUCCUUGCGGAGCUCGAGGAUUCCUGUGGGUUUCGGGACGGAUGGGCAGCGUACGCCCGGCGUAGCUUUCGCUACCGCCGCCACGGAGAAGAGUGUUCACAAUUUCGCGGUCAAGGAUAUUGAUGGCAAUGAUGUUUCACUUAGCAAAUUCAAGGGAAAGAUUUUAUUAAUUGUUAAUGUUGCUUCAAAAUGUGGGUUGACAACAUCAAAUUACACAGAACUUUCUCACCUUUACGAAAAAUAUAAGAGUCAAGGCUUUGAGAUUUUGGCCUUUCCUUGCAAUCAAUUUGGAGGUCAAGAGCCUGGUUCAAAUCCAGAAAUAAAGCGAUUUGCUUGCACAAAGUUUAAAGCAGAAUUUCCCAUAUUUGAUAAGGUUGAUGUAAAUGGACCAAAUACAGCUCCAUUAUAUCAAUUUCUCAAGGCAAGUGCUGGGGGAUUUCUUGGUGACCUUAUUAAAUGGAACUUUGAAAAGUUUUUGAUAGACAAGAAUGGUAAAGUUGUUGAGAGGUACCCGCCUACCACCUCGCCAUUCCAAAUUGAGAAAGAUAUCAAGAAGCUUCUUGCAGCAUGAGAAGUCUGGAGAGUUCAUUACCGUGUAAAUAGCAGCAGUUGUUCCGUUGUCUUUAAUGCCAGCUUGCCUUCCCAACGUUCUGCUAAUGCUUUUGUUUAACAUGAAAAAUUUUCUACUCCCUUUGUUUAUGUUAAGUAUUAGCUAUAUUUAGAAGUUGGUUUAGUUCCUUUUUUAAGA